CAACAGAACGGCGACAGUCGGGUGUCCGAAUCCGCGUCCAAUACCGCAACCCCCAAGCCCGAGACCGAGCCCGCGCCCGAGCCAGCGUCCGACAUGGCCAGCCAUCGACCGGCUCUUCACGGCCUGCAUGCCGGCUAUGCCACCACUUCCUCGUCGCCCAUCUACACUCCCCAGUCCAGCCUCCCAACCACCCAAUACGCCUCAUAUUCCACAGUCUCAGCUCAGCAGGGCGAUGCAUACCGCGUGAGCCCCGUGGGCACUCCGCAGAUGUCACUGCCCAGCAUGCGCACAAUCGACGCCAUGUCACAGCAGUCGGUCCCUCCCAUGCCUCACCAUUCCAUGUCCAUGAGCAUGAGCAUGCCCCUUACAUCCGUCUCGCCGACCCCUCCCUACUUUACCAGCCAUUCGACACCUCUCCCCUCCAACUACGGCUUCCCGCAAGACGCCCUUGCUCGGUAUCCUCUCCCGCACGACCCUCGGUUGAUCAACCAUCGAGGACCCAAAAAGGUAUGCUUCUUGUUCUCUGCGGCAUUGCGAACCUGCUGGGACCCAAUUGAACCUCACUCAAUCGUCCUUGUUUGCACUGGCCAUCGACAGCCUCAGCUCUUCCUCCUCUCCGCUCUCCGCUCUCUGGCCUCACCGCCACUCGCCCGCACUCCCGCUCCUGUUGCUCUUGUUCUCCCUCCCUCUCCUGCAUCGUCGUCGCUUCUGCUAGCUCGCCGCUCCUCUGCUUCAUGCGCCCCACCUGCUACAGGCCUUUCCAUUGACCUCACUCUGUCCUUGCAGUGCGACGAGACGCAUCCCACCUGCAACAACUGCAGGAAGUCGAAGCGUGAGUGCCUCGGCUACGAUCCCAUCUUCCGACAGCAGGCCGGCACCCCGACCAGCAGCAACGUGCAGCCCGCCUCCAGCAGCCUCUCGCCGGCGACCGAGCCCUCCGGCCUGGCCUCGUCCACCGCUGGCCCGUCAACACCGCGUCUGGUCAACUCGUACGGCAGCCAAUCGCCUAUGCUGCCGAGUGUCUAUGCGACAGGCUCAGCCCCCAGCACACCGUCGAUCCCUCCCAACAGCUACAUCCCGCCCAUCUCCACCCCCGGCUCGUCUUCAGCCGUGUCUGUCAAGCAGGAGUACGGUUACGGCUACUCGUCCAACAUCGAUCCUGCUGUGCGCAGCAUGUCUGGCACGCACAACCACCAGAUGUCGCUCUCGGGCUCCGACAACGGCUAUCUACGAGCCAAGAAGAUGAGGAUCGACGAAAUCAUCGACCUACUUGGCCCGCCUGCACCCGCCCAGCAGAUCAGUCACACGGAAGAGACGUUCAAUGAGAUCACAAAGGUCUACCAUGAGAUGUACGCCGGCGGGCUCAGCGCUUUUUUCGAGACCAGCUGGUACUACUUUACCGAGAACGGCAAAAUGACGUUUCCCAAGGAUGCCAACCUGAUUGAGCACAUGGCAACGUUCCUCAAGAUCCUUGAGGGCGUCAAGGCCAAUGACCACACCCAGAUGGCCUAUUCGGGUGUUCUAGAAACCAGGAUUGUGUGGGAGCUUGCCUGCACAGCAUAUCAAGUCCCGGAGAGGGCAACCAACUCGAUGCGUCUGAACCUGCCCCCCGACAACGACGCCAUCGAAGCUAGAAACCGCCUCCAUGUCGUCGAAGCCCUGCUCUGCGGUGACGAGCUGCUUAGCAACCCCCUCUGUCCCCCGGUGGCUGAUGGAGAUCACCACCGCGUGCGCCAGUUCGACUUUUGGUACAGCUUGGCCGAGUUUGUCCGUAGGAGGGAGAACCCCAACUCGCCUGCCGCUGUCAAGGCUAGGGAAGAUGUUUUGGCACGGAUGCGCCACCUUCUUGACGGUCGCGAGAACCGCGAUGUCCUCUACUCGAUCGCCGUCGUCCGCGAGCUCGCGCCCAACUUCGACGCCGGAUAUGCAGCUACAAUCCCACAGCAUCUGGAUGAGUCAGACCCCAAGAAUCGACUGGCCGUCGCGUCCAAAUUUCUUCUUGACGAGUCCCAAGUCACCGGCGGAACAACCAACGUGGUGCGUCGAUUCAGCGACAUUGCCUCUCGGGCUUUUGUCAACCCUGGGGUAAACAUUGCACGAAGGGUAUAG